UAUUUUUCUUAGCGAUUGCAUGUCCCAGCGCAGCGCAGUAUUACGUAAAAAAAAAAAUAAAAAACAUUUUCUGUUUUACAUAUUCUGCCAAAGGAAGAGGAGAGAUUUUUUGAAAUCAGAUAAGUAAGGAUAGAUUGAAAUAACAUGUCGCUGCCAUCGGCUGAUAUAUCCUUUGGGUUGGAAUCCAUUGAAAAACUGAAAACCCAAGUGGAAAACAAUGGAAGAUUGGAGAAGAUUGCAUCCAAAGCUCCUGAUGUCGACAUUUGGAAUAACUUCAUUGCAAAUUUACCAGAAAAUGCAUCCUUUUUCAACAUUUGUUGGUUGUAUGCUGAAUGUUACCUUUACAGGCGGAUAUAUUCUGUGUUCGAGGCAACCAAUACUAUGGCACAAUACGAUUAUUUUGGACCUCAAAAAAUGAAAGCCCUACAGAUGUCCGAUCAUGUCAUGGAGGAGUUAAUACAAACUACCGACAAUUGCGAAAAUACCUGUGAAACAUUUUGCCACAUGCUAAAGCUCAAUCUCUGGGGUAAUAAAUGUGAUUUGUCUUUGAGUUCGGGCAAGGAUGUCAAACCGCUGGAAAAUCUAAGCCAACUCAUUGUUAGUCUCAACACCAAUAUAUUGGUCGAUGACAGUGCCGCCAUUUGGAACUGUCUGAAUCAGCAGCCGGCGCAGCAGCAACAGGUUGCCGAUACCAAGUAUGUUGAUCUGAUAUGUGAUAAUGCUGGUUUCGAACUAUUUACCGACUUACUUCUUGGUCAGUACCUGUUGCAAAAUGCAUUGGCAAAAGUUGUGCGCUAUCAUGUCAAGGCAAUGCCGUGGUUUGUUUCCGAUACCAUGGCGCAAGAUAUACACAAAACUUUGAAAUACCUAGAGGGCCACAAGUCGCACGUUUUAAGGGAUUUCGGUAAACGAUGUAGCAAAUAUUUUGAAGAGGGUGCAUUUCAAAUUGCCGAAGAGAGCUACUUUUGGACAACGCCCUACGAAUUUUACAGAAUGAGCGAAAUUAAUCCCAAAUUAUACAAGGAUUUGUCAACGUCAUCACUGUUAGUGUUUAAAGGUGACCUAAACUAUCGCAAAUUAUUGGGCGAUUUCAAUUGGAAUUUCAGCGAUGAUUUUCGCAAAUGUUUACGUGGUUUCAAUCCCACCACACUUUGUACUCUGCGCACAAUUAAAGGUGAUCUGCUAUGUGGACUUAAACCAGAAUCGGUGAAGUGUCCCGACCUGGCCCGCCAAUUGAGUGAGAGCAAAAAUGAUUGGAUGUUCACGGGGAAUUAUGCAGUUAUACAGUUAUUGUUGUAAUGUGUUAAUGUUUUUUAAUUAAAUAUAUAUGUAUUUGUUAAACAAAAAAA